AUGGCAGUUGGCAUCCGACCCGAACUGACGACAUCGACCAUUCAAAGUACCGUCGCAAAGGGGGCGUGGGCCAGUGAGAUGGAGGUGGAAGGCGGCUGCGCAGAGGCGGCGGUGAUAGGGAACAACGAAGGGUACCGGGUUUGCUCCGAUAAAUUGGCCCAGCUUGCUCCUCCGUCGUCUCAACCUCGUCGCCAGCGACUGCUCCUGACGACCGAUGGCGUCUUCGCCGAGACCGUGCUUCCCAGUCUCGUCCAGAACCCAUACCUCGAACUGCGUCUGAUCACGGAUGAGCCGUUGGCGCUGCUGGCGGGUACAAAUAAGAUCCCGCAUUACAUGGAUACGGUGGAUAGUCAGACGUUCGAUAAGAAGACGGGCGGGAGGAAGUGGCUCAAGGCGAAGACGGCGGAGCUGUGCGAAUGGGCUGAUAUGUUGGUCGUGGCGCCUAUCGAUGCUGGGGCUCUUGGGUCGAUGUUGGCUGGCUUGACCAAUACGUUGACAUUGGCGCUACUGCGCGGCUGGGUCUCGACAAAACCGGUUGUUCUGAUUCCGGGGAUGACCGUGUCUGAAUGGGACCACCCGUUAAGUGCGCGGCAACUCGAGGAGAUCAAGCGCUUCUUCCCGUGGAUUCGAAUCGUGAAGCCCGUACUCUGGAAGUCGAACGGACCAGAGGAGCUGACACCGUUGCCCUGGGGUGGCCUUCAGGAGCUGCAUGAGACCCUCCAGACAGCACUGCAAUUGCCUCAGUGGGGAGAUACUUUGGCCGCUAGUGCUGCACUAGGUGGCGCUGCUGCGCCAGCUAACCCUACCGAUUCCACGAGGAAAGCAUCCGGCGGCGCCAAUGCCCCGACACUUCGACAGCUGCAAGCACAGUGGCCCAAACCGCAGGGGAAUGCACAUUUUUUACCCCUGGAGAUCUGGUUGAAUAUUUUUGAAGACCAGCUGGGGGAUUGGGAAAUUGCCAAAGCCGUGGGCAUCCCAUCCAAUCUACCCGUCCCGCAGGAAUGGCAGAGCCACCUGCUUAAGAUGUCCACGCCAGCCUCCCUUGAAUAUACAAUCCUACGGGGCUCCUUUGCUUCCAUCAAGAAGCGGAUUGAAGCUCUUCCUCGGUGGAAACCCUUAUCCGACCUCGCGUGCCACCUCAUCGUCAAAUUCUCUCGCACCGAUAUCCUUACCUAUCUCACCGAAAACCACCUCGACCUUCUCUGGACAACUUCUCGUCUCACCAACAUCCCCUACCGCGCAUCAGCCAUCUACGGCAACCCCAAAGUCCUGACCUGGUGGCGCGACGCCCCGGCUCUCCCGAACAAGGAGUACAAGGCGGACGCAAUGGACGGCGCAUCCCGAGCUGGGUUCCUGCAUGUUCUAGACUGGUGGCUCCACUCGGGCCUCCCGCUACGAUAUAGCGAACGAGCCCUCGAGGCUGCCAGCGCCGAGGGCCGAGUCGAGGUACUGGACUGGUGGAAAUCCGCGUCGGCAAAUGCACCCGUGCAGCAGUCUCCCCUCCCUCUCAAAGUUGGCAAGUCCGUCUUGCUCGCUGCACAGUCCGGCCGCACCCAGUCCCUCGCCUGGUGGGAUGCAUCGGGCAUUCCAUACAGCCACGCCGAGAACGUCGCCCGCAUCGCCAGCACGCACGGCCACGUCCACGUGCUGGAGUUCUGGUACCAUCUUAAAGGACCCAAGAUGAUCUUUGAUAAUCAGGUGCUCGUGGGCCCAACGAAAAACGGCCACGACCACGUCCUGCAGUGGUGGAAGACCUGCGGGCUGCGCGUCGAGUUCAAGACCUGUGAUAUCGAGGAGGCUCUCGAGGACGCGGACCCGGCCUCCGGCGCUGAGGGCCGUGUGCGUCGCUGGUGGGAGCGGAAUGGGCUGAACCUUGGUGUGGGUACCAGCGAGUGGAUGAAAUCAAAGGUCCUUUGA